GCGGCAUCAUUUUUCUUCCUUCCUCGCCUGACAGAAAAACCCUAGUCUUAAACCCCUCCCCCUUGUCUGUGUUUCUCUUUUUCGUGUCUUUGGAAGAACACUAAAAAUAAAAAUCAAAAUAAAAACGAAACUGAUUGUUGAACCAUGAAGAGCAAGAACGAGAACAAGAGAGUGUCGGCCCCAAAAGGAGGGCAAAAAGGCGGGAAAUUUUCCAUGAAUAAUGGCCCAUUCUUCGAAGCGGAGAGCAAGAAGCGGCGGAAAACGGAGUACGAGGACGAUGACAUUGAGUCAGGCGACUCAGAAGAGGAGGCAGAGAUUCUCGGGGGUUUUGACGCAAGCGGGGGAGUGGAGGAGGAUGAGGAUGAUGUGGAGACCCCCGGUGAGAUUCGAAAAAGGGUGGCGACGGAGCUUUUGGAUAAGAUGCGGGCAAUAGCAAGGAAGGAGAAAGAAGAUGAGGAUGAGGAUUGGGAGGAAGGGGAAGAGGCCAGGGAUUCGGUUGUGGCGAAGAUUUUGCAGCAGGAGCAGCUUGAGGAGAGCGGCAGGGCAAGGAGAGUCCUUGCUUCCAGGUAAAAAACUUAAAAAACCAGAAACUACUGAUGGAUUUAAGGUCUUAGUGAAGCACCAACAAUCUGUUACUGCUGUAGCUCUCUCUGAUGAUGACUUGAAGGGCUUUUCAGCAUCCAAAGACGGUACUAUCUUACAAUGGGAUGUAGAAAGUGGCAAAAGUGCAAAGUACCAAUGGCCUAGUGAAGAUAUUCUUAAGAGUCAUGGGGCCAAGGAUCCACGUGGUCGAGUUAAAAAACAUAGUAGAAAUGUCUUAGCAUUGGCUGUUAGUUCUGAUGGGCGAUAUUUGGCAAGUGGAGGCUUGGACCGCCAUGUUCAUCUGUGGGACAUUCGUACAAGAGAGCAUUUACAGGCAUUUCCAGGUCAUCAAAAACCUGUUUCAUGUUUAAGUUUUAGGCAAGGCACGGCAGAUCUUUUUUCUGGAUCAUUUGAUCGAACAGUCAAGUAUUGGAAUAUGGAAGACAGAGCUUACAUUGACACAAUAUAUGGUCAUGAAAGUGAAGUAUUGACGCUUGAUUGCCUAAGGAAAGAACGAGUGUUGACUGUUGGACGUGAUCGGUGUAUGAUGUUGUUUAAGGUCCUUGACCAGUCACGGUUGGUAUUUCGUCCUCCACCAUCAUCUUUGGAAUGCUGCUGCUUUGUUAACAAUGAUGAAUUCUUAUCUGGCUCGGACGAUGGAAGUAUUGAACUUUGGAGCAUUGGAAGAAAGAAACCUGUAUACAUUGUGAAGAAUGCUCAUGCUCUGCUGCCUGCCUGUCAGAAUGUUGAACAAAAAGGCAGUGAAAAAAUCCCCAAUAUCCGUUUAGCAGAGAACGGUGAUCACAAAAUUGAGAGCUAUAGUAGUUCAUCAACAUAUUCCUGGGUCAGUUCAAUCACUGUAUGUAGAGGCAGUGACCUUGCUGCAUCAGGAGCUGGUAAUGGCUGCAUUCAAUUAUGGGCCAUUGAGAGUGGGAGAAAGGACAUCCAGCCCUUAUAUGGCAUUCCCUUGGUGGGAUUUGUUAAUUCCCUGGCUUUUGCAAAUUCUGGACAGUUUCUAAUUGCUGGAGUUGGGCAGGAACCUAGACUAGGAAGAUGGGGACGCCAUCCAACUGCUCGGAAUGGAGUUGCAAUUCAAUCAUUGAAGCUCUUGUAAGACAGGACAAGAUUUUGCAUCUCUUCAGUUUUGACUACCAUGAGCUGAGAAAUUCAGUGUAAACAUAGUAGUGUAUCUUUACCAUUGAGAUUUUCUUUUUGUUGUUUCUUUUUUUAAAGGAAAGAAAAUUUGAUAUAUUAUGAUCAGUUAACCGUUCUGGCGUUAUGCAUCCA